AUGGUUGCGGAGGCGCUCUCCACCAUCACCAACUGCGUCACCCCUCCACCCGCACUGGCGCAACUGCUGCCCAGCGGGAGCGGCGGCGGCGGCGGUGGUGGUGGUACGACACGAGCUGGUGGCGGAGGCGGAGGCGGAUGGAUGUACGGCAUGACUCCGGGCCGCCGCCCCGACCGAGCUCCUGCAUGGGGCGGCUUCAUUGAGGGCGGGGGACUGCAGGCGGAGGAGGGGGCUGCAGGGGCUCGACCUCCCUCCGCCCUCGCCCCUGCCGUACCUCCCCCCCUGGACCUCGGCCCGCCCGCCCCCACCCUGGGCCAAGCCCUGGAGGCGGGUUACGUCCUCGCACGACAGAUUGUACGGCAGUCCAACGGCAUCCGUACACUGAUGCAACUGCUACAGCCCCGACACGGCGUGGGGCCGCAUGCGGUGCCCCCGGCUGCGCUCGACCGCAUUCGCGCGCUGGCGUGUCGUGCGCUCGUGGGACUUGCGGGCGAUCCGGCUAUUCGGCAGAUCCUGACACGACUGCAGCUCGCUCGGCUGCUUUCCGAGCUGGUCCGUGAGCCCCUGGGCGGCCCGCAUGCGUCCCACACCCUGGCCCGCCGACCCACGGGUCUGUUGCCCUACCAUGAGCCCUCCGCUGGCAGUGGAGCAGUGCCGUACUCUUACGGCCCGUACGUACGGGGCGGUGGUACGGACUGGCACGCGGCCUUCACGUCUUCGGCCCUGGAGCUGAUAGCGCUGACUACCACCGGCACUGGACCCAUGACCCGCCAUGCGGACAAGUUCACCGCCGCAGCCAACGACGCCACCGCUCCCGCGCUCCACAAGAUCGAGCGCGCUGCCAUCGCCGCGUCCUCCCACGUCAGCUACAACCCGCAGGAGUUGCUGCUGCUGGUGUACGAACACCUCAAGGCCUCAGGGCUGCACACCUCCGCCGCAGCGCUGGCGGCGGAGGCGAACCUCGCCCGGGCUAAUGCCGCACUGCACAAGCUCAUGCACCUGCAAACAGCGCCGCACGGAC